AUGGCUGAUAAAUCCAAAUUUAUUGAGUACAUCGAUGAUGCUUUAGAAAAAUCAAAAGAAACUACACUUUCUCACUUAUUUUUCACCUAUCAGGGGAUUCCCUACCCAGUUACCAUGUGCACCCCAGAAACGUUCCAAGCCCUGGAAACCUUUGAAGCCAGAAGCGAUGACAUCGUGCUAGCAUCUUACCCAAAGUGCGGUUCAAAUUGGAUUCUCCAUAUUGUCAGUGAAUUAGUAUUUGCUUUUGCUAAAAGAAAGUGUGAAUUUUCAGAAUUCCCAGUUCUUGAAUGUGGGGACUCAGAAAAAUAUCAGAGAAUGAAACUGUUUCCAUCACCAAGGAUUUUGACAACUCACCUCCAUUACGACAAAUUACCUGGGUCAAUCUUUAAGCACAAAGCAAAGAUACUGGUGAUAUUUCGAAACCCCAAGGACACAGCUGUAUCGUUUUUCCAUUUCCACCACGAUGUCCCGGAUAUCCCAACCUAUGCCUCCUGGGCUGAAUUCUUCAGACAGUUCAUGAAGGGAGAAGUUUCUUGGGGAAGCUAUUUUGAUUUUGCAAUUAAUUGGAAUAAGCACCUUGAUGAUGACAAUGUUAAGUUCGUAUUAUAUGAAGACCUGAAAGAGGAUCUGGCUACUGGAGUAAAACAAAUUGCUGAAUUCUUUGGAUUCUCCCUAACUGGAGAGCAGAUUCGAACUAUCUCAGCCCAGAGCACCUUCCAAGCAAUGCGAGAAAAAUCUGAGGAAACGCAUGGCGCCAUUGGCCCCUUCUUGUUCCGCAAAGGUGAAAUUGGUGACUGGAAACAAUUGUUCAGUGAAACUCAGAACCAAGAAAUGGAUGAAAAAUUCCAAGAGUGCUUAGCAGGCACUUCCCUUGGAUAUAAGCUGAAGUAUGAAUCAUAUUGCCAGUUUUGAUUCUGGCCAAGCCAGCUGGUCUGUGUAUCUUCUUUUCUCUAAUAAUAAUCAGUUUAAAUAAUUAUACAGAAAUUCUGUCCACCAAAUAAUAAGUAUCAUGUAAAUUUGAAUAGUAUAAAUUUGGCAAUGAUGAUUAACAUCUAAAUAUUUUAGCACAAACUUAUGUUUGUCUAUAUCUUAAAGGAGACCAGUAAUCAGUCCAAAUGGGACUCUAUUGAAGUAUUAACUUCUUUCACAAGCUGGGACCACACAGGUGUGUAAGUAAACACUCUUGGAGUCAUAUCUAGAUCUGUGUCUGAGCACCGAUAAAAUAAGCUUCCAAAUGAUAACGCAAUGUUGGACACAUUCUUCUAAUAACUCCUUUCUUUUCUCACUGUGGAUCAUGGUACUUGUUGUGGCUAUCUUGGGAGGAAUUUAAUUUUG